GACAACUAUUCGCUUUUGUUUGUUUACUUUUACGGGAGUAUAUAUUUUUAGAGGUGACAAUUGAUUUUAAAUAAAAAGAAGAAGUAUAAAAAUUGAUUGUACGCAUUCGAAUGCCGUGCACAAAAUGAGUGGAAUUCUAGCCAUCACAGAUAUUUUUGAAUCAUUCGAUAAUGUCUAUCUACUGAGCACUGUCACCAUGCUAGCUGCUGUAUUACUGGCAUUUUACAUUUCUAAUGUGGUGAAGGACAUUGGGAUGAGUAGUACUCCGGCCGAGCAAAAAGUGGAAAACCAAUCUAAUACAACAACAGUUGAUGAAACACUAUAUGAUACAAGUGGCGAUGAAGAAUUCGACACCGACAAUCCCUUGGGUGAUGGUUUGGUGGGUAAAAUGAAAUCAGCGCGUCUCAAAGAGUUGGAGGCGCAAUUGACGCACGAUCAAUUGGAGGAAGAACGUCGAAUUGAACGGGAACAACUGGCCGCUAUUUUUGAGCUCUUAAAGAAGCAAGAGGCCGAUUUAAAUGUGAAAGAAAUUGAUGAGCGUGAAUUGGUUGCCCAGCUAAAUCUGUAUCGUUGAAUGUGCGUAAUGAGAAACUGGAAAUUAAAUGCUUUAAGAAGCUCCACUGCAUAAAGUGUCUGCAGCAAUAAAUAUAUUUAAGUGAAAUGUUCGUGUGUCUAGUCUAGAAAUCGUUCCAAACAUUGUGUACAUUUUUGGCAAAUUUCAAGGUCAAGUUAUUUAGAUGUUCAGUUUAAGUAAAUAAAACAAAAAAAGGCAUAUUUAUUUAUAUAAA